AUGCUGAUAGUGACAAGAGUCGCAUGCUCCAACAGUCAGGGUGCUAUUUGUCAACAAACCGACAUGGUUGAUCCUCUAGCAGACUUGGUCGGGAUUCUUCGCCGUGGUAAUGACGGAUUUGAGGACUAUUGUUUUGAGGGCGCAGAUGAAGAGGAAACCUUUCGGUCGCCACAAGCCCCACACACACCGUGGGCACCAAACACGUCAUCGAUGCCGCAUUGCUCCACCUCUAGAGGUAUUUCAGGAGGUCACAGCUCGAAUGUGAGUGAUUUCCAUGCCUCUUCGUUGCCCCUCAUCAGCCGAGAUGUGGAAAAGUUUGGGGAUCAAAAACUCCACCGCACGUGUAUUUGUCUCUUUUGGGAGAAUUUAGAUCAUCUGUGGGCCCAGUUCAGUGAUAUUCCCCAUGAGGCUCUUACACAUAUGUUUUCGCGUUUCGAGGCCAUUCAUAAGAGAAUGAGAACAUAUUUGAUGCAUUCAAGUGUGUCCUCAAAGGUAUCAAGAGACAAUCUGCCAACAUGGAAUGAAAAGAUGGGAAACCCCUCCACCCAAGGUUUUGUAGCUACUAUAAUGGGAUGCAUAACUACCUCUCCGAACACAUACUGA